AUGCCUGACAGCACGGAUACGGAUACAAGGGAGGCAACAGAGGUAGCCGAAGUAAAUGCAAAGAAAAUUCGGGGGCGAAGAAGUACAAAAAGGAGUCGGACAGGGUGUCUUACCUGCAAAUUCAGAAAAGUCAAAUGUGACGAGAAAAAGCCAGAAUGCGAUCGAUGCAUAACUUUUGGCAUUGGCUGUGACGGCUAUGAAAAGCCAAAGCACAAAUUCAAGUCGUCCACGCAACCUCUUCUCCCAUCCCACCCCACUCACUACAAACUCCUUCCCGCACCUUCAGGGACGUUGCAGUUCGAGAGUGAGCUGGAGGAGAGUUAUUUCAACAUUUUCCAAAACGAAACUGCUUCGGAGAUCUCAGGCACCUUUCCUAAUGCCUUUUGGGAUCGAGUAGUCUUACAAGCUUGCCACGAAGAAAGAUUUGUGCUUCGUGCUGUCACCGCCUUGAGCGCUUUCAACACUUAUUUGAAAUUAGCUCGAGAUCCGGACCAGAGCCAUUACAGUCGAAGCUUACUCUCACAGCAUACGGACUUUGCUUUAGCACAAUACCAAAAUGCUUUACAAACGAUGCGGGGUUCCUUAAGCUUAGGCCGAAAUCCACGGAAGGCUUUGAUCGCGUGUCUCUUGGUUUGCGCUUUCGAAGGGCUUGUGGGAAAUACACUGACAGCCCUUGCUCAUGCUCGAAGUGGGCAAAAGCUCCUCGAAGAAUGGCUAGGGGAGUAUGAACAAUCCAAAAGCUAUGUUGCUGGGAUCUCGUCGCCGGCGCCACACAUCGUGGAAGAUCAACUUAUCCAGGCGGCCGGCUUCUUCGAAACGCAGAUUAUAGGUUUCUUUGACCACCGGCCAGUGGAGACGCAUGCAAUCAUGAAGACAGAAGGUUCAGAAACAAUAAGGUUGAUGCCAAGCACUUUUCGAGAUCUCGAAGAGGCCCGUCGAUACUGGGAUUUAAUGGCCAGGAGAAUAAUGCAUUUCCUGUGUGAAAUUUCUGCGAAAGGAAAGAAUGUUUACAAACUCAGCCAACAAGGCCCAGACGACGACGAUACCGUCGACCUUGGGUCGGACUUGACACACCGAGCACAUGGAACGCCACUCGACGUCCUCGCAGACUUCAAAUCGGAGCAAAUGCGAUACAGUCAGGAAAUUGCGCGGUGGCGAUCGGCGUUCUCGGAUCUGUACUCGAAGAUCAAGCGGUCGUCAAACAGACGCUUGAUCACAGGAGCUCACACACUACAUGUGAAAGCCCGAGGCCUCGAUAUCGGACUGGCUGGAGGAAUGGACACUACUAACUGUGCCUUCGACAAACACUUCACGGAGUUCCGAGAUAUCGUGACGAUAUCGAGGGAGAUCAUUCGUGCCAAGAAAAGCUACUCGAAAGCGGAGUUUACUUUUGAAUAUGGGAUCUUGCCGGCGCUGCAUAUCACAGCGAAGUGGUGUCGAGACCGCGUGGUUCGGCGAGAAGCCAUCGAGAUAAUGGAGUGGUAUGGAGCUCGAGAAGGCCACUGGGAUAGUGUCGUGUUCGCAGAUAUCGACAGAUGCUUGAUGAACCUUGAAGAGGAUGGGAUUGAGGAGGACUUUGUGCCUGAACGUGCUAGAGUCAGGAUUACCAGCUUGAAGGCGAACCAGGGUGGUCGGUGGGCGAGUAUGGAGUAUAUCAGGGGUUCGAGGAGGACCGGCGAGGUGAGGGGUGAAGUGAGACUGGAGUGGGCAAGAUAUGUCGGGAACAGUCCUGCGACGCAGGUGCAAGUGAAUGGCAUGUUGCGUAUACCAAGAGGGCAGCCUUCGACGUUGGAGUUGACGCAUACAUAA